AUGCUCAAGCCUAUAUUUAAUCCUGUACCAGAUUUCAAUGUUUCAAUGUCAGCAGAUCAUGUUGAAUGUGAAAGACAUAAUGUGCGUCCAAGUCGUACAGUCGACAAAACCCGCAUAGCUGCAGCCAUUGACUCCAAACUUCGGGACAAAGAUGGCGAUCCGAUACCUGAAAAACAACAGCGUGCUCCCCAGGCACGCAAGGCAGUGCCAAAGUGCAAGAGAAACGACGCUUGCGACGAGGAAUCAGACCCAGAUGAUGGUGACUUCGCCGUGUCGGGCGAAGGCUCUGAAGACUCUACAAGUGAUGAUGAACCAGUCAUUAUCAGCAACAUAGAGGUGGCAGAUAUGCUGCCCUCCAAGACGAUCCCAGAGGCCAGUGGGCAUAAAUCAUGCACGAAGGCAAAAGGCAAGCAAGCUGCAUCACGCCCUUCGAAGAAAAAGGCGAGACGUGCCCCUGUCAAGAUAGAGGAAGUCAAGGAUGAGGACAGCACAAGGAAUAUUGCAGCAAGGAAGGCGCCUGUCACCGAAGCAGCGGUGGGUCAUCAAGACAAGUGCAAGACAGGCAAGGGUGUAAAAAAAAACCCAAUCUAUUGGUUUUUCAAAGUCGUUUCCAGCAACGCAGAAGGUUCGGUGGGAAACCCAGGGGAUAAGCAUUACUGGUGCUACCACAGUUCACACAAGAUCAUCAUGAUCACAAAGGGCAUGAACAGUAAUCUAAAUCGUGAGUAUUGA